GACGUCUGCACUGCUGCCGUUGUGUGCGCGAUGUCAAACGGGGAGAGGGUAGUUUUGGCGCUUGGCGGAGCAGGAACUGUGGGUUCUGGGAUAGUGAAAGCGCUCCUGGAUAGAGGUUUCAAGGUUGCUGUAAUCUCCAGAGACAACAGCAAGUUGGAGAAACUCAAGGGAUUUGUUUCACCUAACACAAAAAGUAACCUGACCACUUUAGUGGGCAAUGUUGGCUCAGAGGAAGGAGUAGAAGAGGUGAAACAGGCCUUGCUAAAGUCUGUGGGAAAAAUCACAGAUGUCGUCUCCUCUUUGGGCUUCAGCUGGUGGCAGGGAGGUCUGCCACAUACCCAACCCCUCAAAGAACUGCACUGGGUUAUGGAGACUCUGCUGUUCAGCACCUUUGUGUCUUGGAAAGCUUUCUUUCCCCUGGUGAGAGAUGAUCCUAACUGCACCUACACAUUCAUCACAGGAGGGGCUGGAGAGAAAUUGCUAAUGCCUGGCACAGGGUUCUUGACCGUAGGGGCAGCUAGUGCUCUGGCUUUCUGUCAGGUUCUGCGUGAUGAGUACCUAGAGGUGCCAUGCAAACUCAACCAGGUGAAAAUCAAUACAGGAGUGGCAGCCCCAGAACGAAUGGCCCCUGGGUACCUGAAUCAUUUGGAUUUAGGUGAGGCUGUGGCUGUGCUGGUGGAGCGCCGGAACACGUCUCACACCAUCUUCCCUGUGAGCUCUCCUGCUGACCUAAAAACUGUUAUCUUGGAGGGCAAUCUGUAACCAAAAAAGAAAAAAAAAAAGAAAAAACAAAAAACAAAAAAAAACGACAUCACUUUUUCCUGUCACCAGUAUGCGUGUAUUGUUUUAUUGCAUGUCUACAAAACAUUUCUGCAUUGAGCAUUCCAAGCUUUGUAAUAGUACAGUCAUAACGUUGAAAUCAUAGUGUUGAAAUAUUCUUUGUGCUUGAAACAAAUCAACAUAAUAUCCAGUGGAGUGGUACAGAUGUUUUGAGCAUCUAGUCUAAAUGAGGCCCCAGCCAAGAGAUCUUGACAUUGAAGAAUGGAGAGAAAUAUGUGAGAACAGGAUGUGAAAACUUGUUUUUCUUGGUUAAAGAGAAAAAGGGGGGAAAAAAUGGCAGGUUUUUGGCACACUUGCGACCCUCUAGCGUGACUCCCUGCCCUGGUUCACCCAAAAUUUAUCUGGCUGCUAUUUAUAUGGCUCCAAUUAUUCCCAGCCGUGUGGCCCAUAUUAAACAGUGUGUAAGGGGGCAAGGGUUCAAAAAUAGCUGGCCCCCAAAAGGAGAGAGAACAGAGGGCAUUGUUAUCUUUGUUUACUAUUAUUAUCAUAUUUGCAUAAAUGCUUUAGUGGCAUGAAUGUACAUUUUCCAAUUAAAGAAUAUGGAUUCAGUGAAGUGUCUAAUUGGCAAAGUGGUUAUUGAGGUGAGAAUGCUUUGUCAGGUUUUAUUUUUUGUUUUUUUUUGUUGCUAUGCAUCAUCUUAUUAAACCUGAAGUAUCUACAGAUAAAAAUGUGCAUCAUUGCUUAAUGCAACAUAAACAUGGUCUCCUUUUUUACUCUGUUUAAUGAGUGUCUGAGAGAAGACUGAAUUUAUAAUAUGGUGCACAUGAAUUGUGUGUCGGAAGAAAAUAAAAUAAUAAUAAUAAAAAAGCAAACUCCCAGAACCCUAGUUUGUUUUCUGGAGGCUGACCACCUGUGCUUGAAGUAGUAACCAUAGUGACAUGAGCCACAAAGCUGAGGUGUGACAUGAACUUUAGUCCUCUGGAUUUCAUUAUAAUCUGGCUGCGAGCCCUCUCUUCAAAAAUGGUUUGGGUAUUUAAAUAUUGAAAACAAUGAAAAACAAAGUAUCUAUAUUGGCAGCCAAAGAUAUUCCCUUCCGUGAGAAGGUACAGUACGAGUGCCAAAACAUCAUUGUUUCCCAUCAAUAUUUUAAAUCUCAAGGUUAAAGGGACUAAAUAUAAGUCACGCAGACAUGCAAGGAU